AUGAUGGACGUCAAGAUUCGGCCGGCCACAGUGGAUGAUGUCGACUUCAUUACCUCCACAACGAUCCUCUCCUUCUCCGCCGACAAAGACUGGCAGUACCGUUAUCGGUACGCCGCAGAAUUCCCAGAGGAUCAUUUUGCGUUCACCCGGCACCGCAUCCUCACACGUACCCAGGAGAGCACACGGGGCGCCUUUCGGGUCGUGAUCGCCGAGGCUGCACCGUCUGAGAGCAGAGCUGACGCUGCGGUGACGCGGGUCGGAUACGGCGUCUGGCACUUGCCUGGGCAAUAUGAAGCUGUGCCCUCGCCUCUGCCCCCGCAUCUGCAGCACGAACGAAAGGAUGCCGAUCCUGAGAGGCUGAAGACUUAUCGCGCCAUAACGGCCAAGGCCAAAGAUGAGGUUUUCAGAUCUUUGUCUGGAGGGAACAAUAUCGACCUCGUUCAAAUUGCGGUGCUCCCAGAGUUCAGGCGGCUCGGGGUCGGUGGCUGUGUUGUCUCCUGGGGAUUAAGUCUAGCUUCUGACAUGGGAGUGCCACUCACUCUCUUCGCAAAUGACAGCAUGAGCACUUGGUACGAAAAGAAGGGAUUCCGAAAACUUGGCACUGUACAUGUCCAGGUAGAUGGCGAAGAUCCCUCCCUCGAGUCGAUCAUGAUGGCCAAGGAUUGUUCUCCUUCAGUACUGUAA